CUUCUUGGGGAGCCAACAGACAGUCUUCCUUCCACAAAUUUGCAAAGAAAGUUGUCAGAAAGACCAAGGAAUGGGCUCACCAAAACAUGCUGAAAAAUGGUGCUCACUGAGAAAAUCAUGGACAACAAAGGAACUUGAAGACUACAUACUUUCUUUGUAUCCAGGAAUCCCAUUAAACCUGGUUGGAUUUAAUUUGGGGAAGGCAUCAAAAACAAGGAAAAUUGAAAAGGUAGAUUUUCAGUCCGUCAGUCAACUGAAAAAAAGUGUACGUAGGGGGAAAUUAUUUGUUAUACCCAAAAGAACUCUGAUGGAGCCUGAAACAAGUUACCAGGAUGAUUUGCCAGAUAUUUCAGAUCAUGAGAUGGAAAAUGAGAUUGAAAAUUCUGAGGAGGUAAUGUCCUCUAGCUCCUACAUCAUGAAAGGAGUUGCAGUUAGGGCAGUCACGGUUCCCAAAAAUGACUAA